AUAUCCCAAUGACCAACUUUGUUGUCCAUCAGCUGUUUUAAAUAAAUGUGAUCUAUCUACCGCAUAAAAAUGGAAAACGAACUGAACGGAUCCGAGCUGGGAACCAAGGAAUACUGGGAAUCAAGCUACACGCGGGAGAUUGGCAAUUACAAGAGCCACGGCGAUGUUGGCGAGAUCUGGUUCGACGAGGACUCGCAGCAGCGUGUGAUUGAUUGGCUGGUGAAGCAACAGGAGAUCGACAAGCAGGCUGCACGAGUCCUUGACCUCGGCUGUGGCAACGGGAUGUUUCUCGUGGGGCUGGCCAAUGAGGGCUAUGCCCAUCUGACCGGAGUGGACUACUCUCCCAAGGCUGUUGAAUUGGCCCAGAACAUUGCUCGGGACAACAGCUUGGAUAUCAGCUACAGGGUGGCAGACCUCACCCAACCUCAAGACGAUUUGGGCGGUUUCGAUGUGGUGCAUGAUAAGGGCACCUACGAUGCGGUCAGCCUCUGUCCUGAAAAUCCCAAGGAAAAGCGCUCCCUAUACCUGGCGACAGUGGAAAAGUUGUUAAGGACUUCGGAUAGCCUGUUUGUCAUCACUUCCUGCAACUGGACUGAGGACGAGCUGGUGCUGAGCUUCGGUGAGAUGUUCGUUAAACACCACACGAUUCCCACGCCAACUUUCAAGUUUGGUGGCAAGGUUGGCAGUGUCGUUACUUCAGUUGUAUUUAAGAAACGUUGAGUAAAAAUAUUUGAUCUUUUGUAUAUCGCCUUAAA